AUGCAAUCAAGGGGAAGUUAUUUUACUGGGGAAGAAGGCAGGCUUGAUUACGAGCCUCGUAGUUCCCGUCACGUGAAGGAGAGACUCCCUCGCUCUUCUCAGGCUCACUCAUCAAGGGUAUCUUUGCAAAAAAAUGUGCAACCGUAUGCCUACACAGUGAGCACUUACCCACAUGGAAUUAAUAAAAAAGAAAGCAGGAGCCCGUCUCGAGCAGAAGUGAUGCACCAAGCACGUGCUUUGUCUCCCCCUCUCACGCAACAUGGGUCACAGGUGUUGUCGUCAUCACGACUUCGCUAUGUAGGAGCUCCACUGACGAAACGCAUCAGCCCGAGUGAUUUCCUUCGCGAAGCGUGUGCAGCAAAGUCUCAUCAGCAAAGCUCAUCUCAAGGUCUUCUAGCUUCAUUAAAGCAUCUCAAAGCAUCAAACGCAUCCCCAAUGAGUCAUGAGUCGGUCAGCAUAGUUGUACCUUGUGCGUUUCACCCACUGUUGCAACAAGCGUUGCUGCUUAUCGAAGCUGCGGAGGUCGAAGAACGCUUGGCGUUUUCUCAAGAAGAGAGGGAUGCCUUUGAUUCAGUAAUAGUCUUAUUCAGUAUUGCAAGGGAAAUAGAGGCUAUUCGUGUUGCCGCCUUUGAAAUGUUCCACAUCGAAAGGGCGUCCCGACGAGCUCUCAAGCGUCAAGAAAGACAUGAACGGCGGAUUCUCCGGCUUUGGUUUAGUGAGAGCUACGGAGACGCUCUGCUCUCCGAGGAAGUGCGGAUAAUUCGACGGCAAUCCGAGGAAUCGAAAAGUACGUUUACUUUCUCGCCUUCGCACUCGCAAAGCAAAUCAUUGCGGCAACUAUCACAGGAUGUUUUCGACGUGUCUGCAGCUUGGAUUGGUUCUCCCUCAUCGAGAAAAGUGCCUUGCUCACAAAAAAGCGGAAAUAACGCUCACUAUGUUGCAUUGUCCUCUUUUCAACCGGUGUGGCAAAGGGAAAGCAUUGGAAAUCCUUCUCCUACGAGCAGCUGUGAUGAAGUGCUGUACAAAUCGACUCGAGCGUUGUUGCCAAAGUCAUCAAAAUCUUACUUUUCACACCCCGUCGGCUCACCUCAUUUGCUGCACAAGUCUAGUGACUCAGUAAAUGUUGCAGAUAAGUUUCAGUAUUAUCGCGAGUACGGUGAUCAUCGUCUGAGUUCGUUUGGAGACAUUGAGACCGACUUGGAAGAUAGAAUUGCAAGACAAAAGACUUUGUUGGUGCCUGGUAGGCAGCUAUUGAAGUAG